AUGGGCACAUGUUGCAGCUCUUCACUGGACACAGCAAUGGAGAGGGCGUGUGACAGUAAGCACAGGGCCAAGCUGAAUCGCCACAUGCGGCUGCAUACUGGCGAGCGCCCGUACCAGUGUGAGGUGUGCGGCCGAGCAUUCACACGCAAGGACCACCUGCAGAAGCACCUGCCCACCCACGAUGGCCGCGUGCUCAAGGACAGCCUCUCAAGUGACCACCACCACCACCAUCACAACAACAAUGGCAACAGCAGCGUAGCUGCUGCCGCUAGUUUUCUGGGCAGCCUGCUCAGCGCCAGCUCCCAGCACCCAUACAGGUGCAAGCUGUGUGGCCGUGGCUUUAUUCAGAAGCACCAUUAUGAGCGCCACGCUAAGACUCAUGACGAUCACUUUGUUGACUAUUAG